ACUAAAAGAAAGGGAAGCUAAUCAUUACCACAAACACUGAUUUCAUGCUCUCUGCUCUGCAGGCGAGUGCAGAGUGCCGACAGACUAAACAAAUAAGCUUAAGUUUAGUCAGACAGCGAAUCUUAACAGAAAAAGAACCUCGAGCUAAAUUAUAGAUUUAAGCAAAUACAAAGAAAGCAAAACUGAAUGAAAUCGAAUAUGCUCAUCGUGCAAACCAACACACCGCCAUUUAACUGAUAAAACAUCCCAAACUAUCUACCAAACGGCAAACCAAGACAAAAAACGGCCGUAAUUAAGCAACGUUUGGAAAGCAGCAAGCAGAAAAUACACCAACUCAGCCAAUCACCUCACCAUACAAGCGUCGUCGGUGUUCCAAAAUAAAUAUUAAAAACCAAAAAAAAACAAAUUAUAAUAAUACUCUUAAUAUUCGAAUGAAACAAAAUAUACAGCAACCAACAACAACUGCAGCAAGAACAAAAUAAAAACAAACAAAACAAAACGUUUCGUUUUGGACUAUAAGUUAAAGGGGGGGGCGUGUUUUUGACGCUGCCAGCGCUGGCGCUAACGUCUUCCCAUUCUAAACACACAAACGUCGUACUCCCUCCCGCAUGAACUCGGUAAAAAAUGGCAAGAGAUCGAUUGCCAGAGUUAAUACAGCGGGCGAAAAGUUGCAACAACAGCUCAUCAAAUGGUGUCACUGAACAGCAGCGCAAAAGUCUGGAAGCUUUAACAAUGCAGCAAAAUACGCCAGUGGAUGACAUCUUGAAUCCGUAUUCGGAAAUACGCACACAUUUGGCCCAAUUAGCAGCCAACUUGGAUUCUAUGGCGCGUAUGGUACAGCCCACCGGUAUUCGAAAUGAAAAUGAAAUGGAUGAAAUGCGCAAACAGAACAUUCGUUUGGGCAAUAUACUAAUGACAAAAUUUCAAGAGUUUCGUGCCAAUCUUCCGCCCGAGAAUGACUACAGUCUUGAGUCACGUAUGAAGAGAACGCUUUUCUAUGGCCUGCAUCAGAACUACAUUGAUAUCUGGCGAAAAAAUGAACAAUUUCUACACAACUAUGAAACGAAAUUGAAACACCAUUUACAAAUGCAAUCGAAAAUAAUCAAUUGUAAUGCCACAGAAGAGGAAAUCGAAGAAUUGAUCAGUAAUAAAACGACCAGCUUAUUUGUAGGAAAUAUCUUGGAGGAAACCGAGAAGGAACGUAAAACAUUGAGAGAUCUUAUAGAUCGAUUUAGCGAAUUGAGAAAAUUAGAAAAAUCUAUUGAAGAAGUUCAUGCACUAUUUCUGCGCAUACAAUAUUUAGUAUUGGAGCAGAGCGAUGUAAUACAACGUGUUGAGUUUCAUGCUCAACAGGCAACUUUAUAUGCGGAAAAGGGAGCUGAAGAACUGGACAAGGCUGAUAAAUUACAUAAAAAGGCGACAAAGAAAAAAAUUUUUCUUAUUCUGAUAGCAAUUGUCGUCUUACUGGUGCUCAUAUUGGUGGGCAUUUACCUGUGACGUAGGAAUAGAGGAUCAACGCCAAAGCUUUCACUAGAUUUCCAGCAAUGGAAAAUGUUUAAGUUUUCUUUUAAUUAUAAAUUAGGCCAAAUGUGCAAUGUGUUAAGAUUUUUAAUUUAUUUAAGAAAUAAGAAUAAAAAAGUAUUAAAAUCCAAAGAAUACAAAAUUAAAGCUAUUCGAAGACAAA